AUGAGUGGACGAAAAAGGGAUCCUAUUUGGAAAUAUUUUGACGAGUGCAACCAACAAAAUCCAACCAACAAAAAAGCAGUGUGCAAAGCAUGCGGUAAUAAGUUGCAAGCUAUGGUUAGUCGCAUGCAAAAACAUAAAAGUAAAUGUAAAAUUGAUCCUGAAAAGACAGAUACAACUAUACAGGAUAUCAGUGGAUCUGACUUAGAGGAGGAAAUGCCGUUAGCUGCCAUAAAAAGAAAAAUUACAAAUUCUUCACAAGAUGGAUCUACUAGAGAAGAACCACAGACUUCAAAAAUUCGCAAAAUAUUUAAUGAAGCUGCAAUCCAAAAAUCACAACGAAAAACAUUGAACUCCUUCGUGAUGAAAACUACAGCAAAUGAUAAAGAUAGAUUUGAUACGCAGUGUGCCAGAUUCAUAUUCGCUACAAAUUUGGCUUUCAAAUUUGUGGAACAUCCAGAAUUUAUAAAGUAUUCGGAAAUGCUACAUCCUGGAUACAAGCCUCCAAAUAGAAAAGUAAUUGGGAAUACUUUGUUGGAUCAAGUUUACCAGGAGGAAUUAGAUAAGUGUCAAAUUUACUUAGAAAAUAAAACAGUAUGCUUGAGUAUUGACGGAUGGUCCAACAUAAGAAACGAACCCAUAAUAUGUGCAUGUGUUGUAAAUGAGGAUGGUAGUGUAUUUUUGGUUAACACAACAGAUACAUCAGGUAGUCCUCAUACCAGUGAGUAUUUGACAAGUUUAACUUUGAAAAUUAUUCAAGAUACUGAGAAAAAAUUUAAAUGUUUUGUAAGAAGUGUAGUAACAGAUAAUGCUGCCAAUAUGGCAAGAAUGAGAAUGCAAAUACAACAAAAAAGUGUUGAUAUUGUUGAUGUAAAUGUUAUUACAUAUGGCUGUUCCGCUCAUAUUUUGAAUCUACUGGCCAAAGAUUUGAAUGUUGAAGGAGUUAUGAACAAUAUAGUAAGAAUCAUAAAGUAUUUUCGAAAUAACCAUUUAGCAAAAGCAUUGUUAUCUUCUGAAGGUGGAUCAUCACUUCCAUUGCCAAUUGAGGUACGCUGGAACAGCUCAUGUGAUUCACUUGAGGCAUAUUUGAAAAACUGGCAUACACUGGUUAAAAUUUGUGAAGAACAGCGCAAUAAUAUUGAUAAUGAGAUAAAUAAAUUGGUUUCUAACAUAGCCAUUAAACGUAAUGCUGAAGAUCUGAUGGCUCGACUAAAACCUAUAUCAUGCGCACUGGAUUUAAUGCAAAAAGAGAAUUGCACGAUCGCUAGGUCUGUUGUUAUUUGGAAAAAAUUGAUAAACGAUUUAAAUGAUGUUUUAGACAGCACUGCGAAAAAAAAGGUUAUUUCCAGAUACACACAAGCUGUUCAUAGAUACCACUUCAUUGCGCACAUGCUCAGUCCAACAAAUAUGAAGGAAAAUAUCAGUUUAACUGAAGAGGAAAAGCAAAUAGCUUUGGAAUCUGCAGCUGCAGAGUUUCCAAACAUAUUACCGGUAUUGUUAAGAUUCCAUGGAAAGUUAUCCCCUUUUAAUGAGGUCCUGAUGCAAGAAUCUGUUAUUUCAACCAACUCCAUUCCAUUCGCGUCUCACCCGCACCGCCAUCGUCGCGACUUGUUGUAA